CUUUGCUUCAAAUAUAACGUCAUGAAUGGUUUUGUGCUGAUCGUUGUCGCAGGGCUGGCGACUUUGCUUCCUGAAGCUCGCGCAUUCGAUUGCAAUGUCACUCGCUUCGAUGAGGUUGCCGCGCGAGCGACCUUCUACGGAGCGGGAAGCACCGAAGCUCAGUCAGAUCAGGCGUUGAUUGCGCGAUGUCAAGCCUUCGACAAAGAUAUCGCCUACCUGCAAGAGUACACGCAAAAUUGCAUCCAGGGUUUGGCGAAUGGUAUGGUGAAAUUGGUGCUCGAGGGUGCUUCGAACGAUAUGGCUACCCGGUGCGUGGAGUCACCCACGAGAGCCAACUACCUCCGGCUGGUUCCGUGUCUGAACAAACACGGGAACGAGUUCCACAAGUGUAACAUGAAUCUCGCUGCCGUUCUCGAGAGUGCAUCCGCAAAGCCCAAGAAGAUUCGUGUGGGUUUGAGCUGUUGUUACAUGGGUAACUUCGUCGACUGCGUGACCAGAACCGCGAAGAAAUGCGGCCCAGAUCAUCAACAGAUCGCCUCGGAUAUCAUCAACAACUACGCCGCCGAUCUCCUGUCCACCGUUUGUGUGAAAUGGAAGGCGAACUCCAAGGCGUGCAGAGAGCUCCCGAGAAUUUCCCCGGCCCCGAACCCCAAGUACAAGUCACUCAUAACACCAUUGGCCAACGUGCUCCUGUCCUUGAACCAUUGAUGAUAAUUAUUCAGCAGAACGGAAAAGGCAUUCUCAUUCUCUGCGGUCGGACAUCAAGAAUGAUAAUGACUGCUAGCACGUGGAUCGAGCUUUCCUUCCCGAAAUUAACCGGUAUCGGUACUGUGUUCCUGAGAUAUCAAUUAAGACGUUGAAACUGAGCAUAUUUAAUGAGAGUCGAAAUAAAGCGGAACUAUUCAUGCUUUUGCCUAUCGGCAGCGAUUAUU